GUGCAUGCCGCGCAACCACCCAGACGGCGGGUAGAGAGAUGCCCAAUUUUUUCAAGUGGAGGAGGCCUAACAACGGGGCUGGGCAGCGGCAAUGGGCUGGGGGUGUCGGAGAGAGCCCACCUUUCCAUUCCCAUGAGUCCCAUUAUUGGCACCGGGUAGGACUCGAACCUAUACGCUCCAGCACCCCGCCGGAUAUAAUCUUAUAUAUUAAACUUUCGAUCGUUAUAAAUCGCUUCAUUAUUUAGUUUUGAUGGUUACAUCCGCGGGGCAAACUGUUACUGCAAAAAUAAAACUGCUGUCAUGCAGUUCAUUUCAUUAUCAUAUUAUUGAAUCAAUGUUGUAUUUUUUGGAAAGGUAGACUGGAAAAAAGAAGCAAUAAGCAUUUUUUGUCUUUGCUGGAGAUCAUGAAUUAAACCUCAGCUUACGAUUAAUCUUUAUUUUAAUCACAUACAACACAGAAGUGUAUCAUAUGGCUAUAUUUUAUAUGAAGGAGUGAUUGAUUGAUAGUUUAUUUUUGCAGGUAUGCAACAAAAGAGAAGGGAGGAACAUGCUGUCCUAACCCAGGCAACCUACAUGGUUAGGUCGAGGGAGCAGCACUGGUGACAGGCUACAGCCUCACCUACCAGCUUGGGAAUGAUGAUGCUAAUGCCAGCAUUGCUACAUACCUCCUUAGUCUAGAGAAGCUGAUAUCCAGCUUGAAGACUGUUGUCAACGAUUUGAAGAGCAAGGCAGCUACACAAUCUGCUGCCAGUUCACAUCAGUCUGAAAUUUUCUCAGACAAUGAAAGUUCAGAAGAAUCUCAAGGCAGUCCUGGGGAAGGAAGUGAAAUUCAAGGAAACCAUAUGUCAAACACCACACAGUAUGGACUGCAAGCAGACAUCAAUGCCCUUGAUAAACAUCCAGUUCUGGACAGCAUGGUUGAUGAUGCUAAUAGUACCGUAGGACUGGUACUUCCUCCAAGUAGUAUCACAUCCAUUCCUUCAUCUAGUUCCCUCUCAGAAACUUCCUCAUCCUUCCCUGCUACAUUCUCCAACACUGAGCAGCAGCAGCCUGAAAUGGGAAGCCUGUCAGAAUCCACCAUGAUCCUUGAUGCAUCUGUCAGCAUGGAUCAGUCUUACAGUAACUCUCUAAGAAACCAGGAAGAUCUGGCACAGUAUCCCAAAUGUAUUAAGUGUGGUGCAGGAUUGUCAUCUGAGAAUAAAACUACCCUGUCAAGUGCAAGUGGUCUUUUGGACACCUGCUCCCAGUGCUCCAGUAUUGCAGAUUCUGUUUCUAAACGCAGGAGACGAAAAAAUACACAAGACGAUACAACAGGUCUGGACUCAUCUGGAGGGGACAAUAAGGCAAAUGAGAGCACACUGAAGAAGCACUCAUGUGAGAAAUGUGGGAGGAAGUUUUCCAAGUGGAAGCAUUUGUCUAUUCAUUGCACUAAGGUGCACAUGGAUGAGGAUGGUGGAGAGGGAGGCAACACAGAGCUCAUCAGUAACAACAACACACUUCCCAUCUAUUGUUGCAAGACCUGCAACAUGGCCUGCCUCUCCAUGAACUCCUUCAACACACACACCUGUCGUCUGCCAACUGAUGAUGAAAACGCCUCCACACUGUCAAACAGGAUCCUAAUCACCAAUGUACUCAAGCUACACAAGAUGCGAAAGUUUGUAUGUGAGAUGUGCAGUGUCGAGUACCGCACCUUCAAACGCAUCACAUACCACCUCCCCCGCUGCUCCCCUGGACCUUACCCUUGUAAUGUGUGCAGCCUCGUCUUUGCCACUCAAAAAGAACUUAAUUAUCACAAAAGGAAGAUGCACAAAGAUGAGAAAUGCUUUGUCUGUGAAGAGUGUGGCAAGUCAUUCCAGAGGAGGACAUCACUACAGAAGCAUGCCAUCAACUGGCAUGAGUCUAGCAGUGCCUUGGGGCCCUUCAAGUGUGAUCUGUGCCCAAAAAAGUUUAUUCGGAGGAUAUACUUGACCAACCACAAGCUAAGAAUGCACGGAUUAGACAAAAAGUUCCUCUGUCAGGUGUGUGGCAAUAAGUUCAUGACUCAAAAUUCCCUGAUGACUCAUAUGGAAGUGCAUAGUGAUCAAAAGAAAUUUGAGUGUUCCUUCUGCAAGAAGAAAUUCAAGAGGAAGGAAAAGCUAAAAUAUCAUGAAAGAAUACACACUGGUGAGAGACCCUUCCAGUGUCAGCUGUGUGCCCGUGGCUUUGUCAGCAAGACCAAGCUGGAUGAGCAUGUAAGUCGCCACCGUGGUGACCGCCGCUACCGCUGCUCCUUUUGCACCAAGACCUACGCUGGAGCCUAUGACCUCAAGCAGCACAUCAGGCGGGUGCAUGACAAGCAGUGUGACAAGGUGGCCGUGACUGUCAUUGCCCCCAGCCAGCCCAGCACUGAAAGUAGCAGUCUCACUCAGGUGCAAGUUUUGGAUACAUUAGCUAUUGCAACAGCUGCUUCUGGCCUGGAGGAAGAGGAGGUGGUGACAUGUGGGAGCAGCUCCUCCCUCCCACAGCCUCAGGUCACUACAUCACUCCCCACUCUUGAAGAAGUUGGUGGAGGCAUGGUCAGCAGUGGCCAGUACAUCACCAUGAGUGGGCAGCAAGCAGUCACCAUUCCUGUCGUGGGCAGUGUUCAAGGACACAUACCCUCCAUCGGCCAUGUGGUGCAGGUGUCUGGCUCUACUGUUCCCUUGACUGGGGUGGGUACAGCUCUGGGCACAGGAGGAACUUCAGUCCAGGCAGUGCAGGCAGUGCAGACCAUCCCUGGGGUGACCACCACUGAGUACUCUGUCCAGACACUUCCCCCACAGGCUGUCCACACAGCUCAGGGCUAUAUCUUCACCCAGGGCUUUGAUAUGGUUAGUGGCACAUUGCAGUACUAAGAACAAGGAAAAAAAGGCAAGUCUGGCUCUGGAUUGCUGCAUUGUGGGAUCAUUAUUGCUCCAUACGUCAUAUCAGGUGUACAUCUAGUCCAUGCUAAUUAUCUGAGGAUUAGAAACAUGAAUGAGGACUUCCUGAAAUACUAAUUGAUCAUCAUCAUUUUCAGCUAUUAGUAGUCCACUAUACACACACACACACACACACACACACACACACACACACACACACACACACACACAUAGUACUAUAUCCUGCUCUGGCAGAUGCUCUAAUUUUAUCUCUCCAUCUGGUCCUCUCUCUGCUGUGACUUCUAUAAUUUUUGGGUUGCCACAGUUACUUUUGCUGUUCAUCUGUUAUCAGUUCUACAUAUGAUAUGACCUGCCCAAAUUUAUCUGUUGCAUCCACAUAUUUUGGAGUAAUGAAGGCACAUCUUUGUACACUGGGCAGGGGCAGGGGCUGGCAGGACUAAGAUAAUAGUAGGUGGUGUCACCUAUGAGUUAACCUCUAUUUUCCAAAAUCCACCUGAGCCCUAUCACCUUUUACGUAGUCCCCUUCUAUCUAUCUAUAUUUUCUGAUGCCUUGCUCCCUCAUAGGAACUUCCCUCCAGGGGGUUGCCGCAGCAGAAGUGUCUCCAUCUAUCCUGUUCUGGCACUCCCUCUCUGCACAUUCAAUCCUGCUACUUCCAACAAUCUCACUCCAAUACUCACUCACCCUAUUGAUCCACUUCACAGGUGGUCUUCCCCUGACACCCCCUCCCUCAAUCCUUCCCUCAUACACUCUCUUCACGAUUUCAUUUUCCCCCAUUCUUAUCACCUGUCCAAACCAUCUCAAUGCACCACGCUUCACCCACUCCACACCACUCCACACACCACUCCUUUUGCUGUUGCACCCAUACCAAACCGCUCAUACACGCUUUCAUUACUUUCUCCAUCCCAUCCUGACACACCACAUGCACUUCUUAUAUAACUCAUUUCCACUGCACGUAUGCUCAAUUGAUGGGGUGCAUUCCAUGUCCACGUCUCUGAUACAUAUGACAGAGUUGACAGGAUAGUACUAUUCCUCAUUCCCCUCUUUACCUCCAUGCUCACACUUCUUCCUUUUAUAACUCUCUCCAAUGCACCCACCACCUGUCUGGCCUUCACUGCUCUGUCCCUCACUUCACCUUCCAUACUGCUAUGCUUACAUAAAACAGUCCCUAAAUAUUUAAACUCAGUCACCUCCAUUCUCUCCUCCCUGAGCCUUAUCCAACACUUCUUUGCACUCUCUGCUCUAACUCUGUACAGCUUUGCAAAAUCAAUGACCUGUUCUCUCGCCCUCUCAAAUACCAUAACCUUACUCUUUCCAGCAUUCACUCUCAGUUUUCUCCUCUUACACACCCUGUCAAACUCAUCCACUAUCCUCUGCAGCAUCCCCUCAUUCUCUGCCAAUAACACUGUAUCAUCUGCAAACAGGCCCGUAACCAAUGACUCCUAUGUACCUCUCACUUUCAGCCUUGGAUCAAGCUUCCCCAUUCUGGCUUUCAUUUCUCUCAUACAACCAUCCAUGUAGACAUUAAAAGCCAUGUUGACAUCACACACCCCUGUCUCACACCCACACCAACACCAAAACUCUCACUCAACUCACCCUUCAUGUGUACAGAGGCACUCGCAUCCUUAUAGAAGGAUCGGAUUCCCUCCAGCAAAUGCCUUCCCACACCAUAUAUCCUUAGAACAUCCCACAACCCCUUCCUGUCAACCCUGUCAUACACCUUCUUCAGGUCCAUGAAUGGAGCAAACAGCUUUCUAUCCUUCUCUAUGUAUUUUUCAACUAACAUUUUGAGUGCAAAUAUUUGGUCUACACAACCCCUCCCUUUCCUAAAACCCCCUUGUUCAUCGCCUACACUUUUCUCAGUUAUUUUCUUCAUCUUCUCAUUUAAAACCCUUCCAUACACUUUUCCUGCCACACUGAGUAGACUUAUUCCCCUGUAACUAUUACAGUCAUCUCUGCUCCCUUUCCCUUUGUAAAGCGGCACAACAAUAGCCUUUCUCCAGUCCCCUGGCACCUCACCCUGUUCCCAUGCUAGGUUACAUAUCCAUAAUAUCCAUUCCACAACUUCACCCCUCCAUACUUCAACAUUUUCUGCUGUUAUGAUAUGCCAUCAGCUCCAGGGGCCUUUCCUACUUUUAACUUCCUUAUUGCCUCCUCUAUCUCAGCUCUCUCCACCCUCCCCUGUGGAUCUGGCCACCCUACAUUUAUCUUUAUUCCUUUUUUUCAUGGGUGAAAAUAAAUUGACAGCUGCCAGCAAAGAUUUGUUUGCCUUGAACUCCAGUGUCAAGUGAGUUUGUAGGUCUCAUCACAUUUAUUAAUGUACAGGCCAUGUGUAUUGAUUUCCUCAAAUUGUAAUUAUGACUGUUAUUUCAUAUUUUUAUUAUAUAUACUGUUCUAUUUAUUUAUAUGCCCCAUUAUUUUGCUUAGCUUGUGCUGUCAAUUUAUUUUUCACCCAUGAAAAAAGCUCUGCUCUGCCCUGGGUUUGGAAUGAUGGCAUGGACAAAGUCAGGAUAGUUUAACCCAGGCUGGGCUUUUAUCUUGUCCAGCUCAGGGCUAUCAGUGACUAUGAGUUUAUGGAGGCACUCUAGGUGUGGUUUCCUCGUGCCUCAGUCUGCUAGCAGAUUGCCAUCUCUAUUCUAUAGAGUGAGUGGUAUUAAUGGCACAGGUAGGUACAUAUACAUAUAUGGCAAAAAAUGUCUUCUUUGUCUGGACAUCUUUUACCACCUCUAUGUGGGGUCAAUGGCACAAGUAUAAAAAUAGGAAAAAAUAGCACAACUAAUUAAAUGUUUUUUGAAAAUAAAUACAAAAUUGAAAAGUGUGCAGGAGCAUUGUUCGGACAUGAGAAAACUGUUUUAUAGCAACUUUAUAUUGAUAACUGCUGAAAAUCUUGAGCACUAAAAUCUUAUGCUGUUACAAACGUAACUCUUGAUUGAGGUUUUUCCUUCUUUUUGCAUAAUCUCUGCCUAAAUUCUUUAGUCUUUGUUACAGAUCAACAUAUACUUCACAUUAUAGGGCAAGUUUCCAUGGUGGGGUAAUGACCUAGUCCCAGUUGCCAAGCCAUAUGAGAUUUAUACAAAGUAACCAUUUUUAUCCUAAAAUAAAAUAAUAAAAUAAAAUAAAGAAUCAUUUAUAAAAUUUAUAACACUGCAGAAUUGAAUCUACAGAGUAUUUAAAAUUUCUUUAUAAGUAGUUAACAGAUAAAAAUAAGGAAUUUGUUGUUUUGAAUUUAUGAUAUACCUACGUAGCAAUUUCUGCAUUCUUUAGUUUUAUCCGACCACACACAAAGUACCUUCAUAAAAUGGAUGGCUUAUAGUGUGACUGAGUAUCACAGUAUCCUCCUAUUCUAUCCUUAUUCAUUCCUUAUUGUUCUCUGCCUCAUUCUUUUGUAUGUGUAAAGAUCUUCUGAGCUUUCCCACUUUGUUCUUCAUUUGUUUUUUUCCUUCUCUCUUACAUUCUGUAUAAGAAUUUAUGUGAUGUAAAUGUUGUCUUGAACACUAUGAAUGGGCAAAAGUAAAACGUGCAACUUGGAUGAGGAUGGCAAUGUCAGUGCUGAAAAGAGGAGAUAAUUAAGUUACGUGAGUGAUUUAAAAGCAUGAUGUGCAAGAAAUAUAUUGUAAUGUAAAAGGAGCAUAACUCAGUGAAGUGAGUUUAGCUUAUAUAAAUUAUAGUAGGACUCAUAAUAUUAGUGUAAGGGGAUGAUGAUAUAAUAUUAUAUCUAUGAUGUAAACAUACUACCGUAUGUGUAAUCUCAAUGAAAAUCAUCUAUAACAACGUGAGUGCAACAGUGACAGCGAAUCUUUUAUUAAUGACAUAUGUAUACCUCCAUUGUCUACAUGUCAAGCAUCACCAUACAAGUACUCUGAAGUUUUUCAGCUUUAUACAAAUUGUAUCACUGAUGAAAAUAAAUCAUAUUUUUGUAACACGAGAAUAUUAUCCUUAAAUACCAUGUGAACAUGAUAAUGACUGCAGUGACUGCAAUGAGUGCAUGUGAUCCAUAAAUACGUACACGGGUGUCCGGAGGGGGGCAAGGAGGGGCCCCCUUGGAAAUCUGUUAUAUUCCUGUUCACACUCAUUUGCAAGUUAGGAUGGAAUUAAUAUUUUUCCAAACCUCAG